AUGAGGGCAAACAUCCGUGGUUCAAUUGGCGGUCCCGUUAGUGGCAUGAUUGCACGUCCUUCGUUGACAGAUGAUGUAAGAGCUGCUUCAGACGCUACAGCUCGAGCACAACACAUGAACACCGUAAUGCCUGGUACAGACCCCAACGACAAGCCGCUUGUGUCUGGCAGUGGCGUAAACGUCUCGAUCAACUUGGCCGAGCCAGCACUUUUCCUGCAAGGCUUCGAACAAAACGAUAUGGCCAGCGGCAACACUGCCAUGUUGCGCGGAACCCUUCACUUACGCGUCACAAAGGCUGCCAAAAUCAAGGCAGUCACUCUCAAAUUCAAAGGCAGAGCGACCACAAAAUGGCCUGAAGUAGACUUUGAGGAGGUUGACAAUAUCAUGAGCCACACUUGGCCGUUUUUCAAUGCCCAAUUCCCAACAGCCGAAGCAGGACCUUGCGCAGAUCAUGUAGAACUCUUCAAGUCCGGCACAUCUCAUACGAGCUCAUCUUUCGGCAUCGGCAAGUCACCCAACAUUUCCACAACCAACCUCAACACCAAAGAUCAACGGAGGUUGUCGCUACAGGUCAACCAGUCACGCAGUUUUGGCAAGGGUGAAUCUGCAACUGGUGGCCCUACCGUAGCACANAAAGGAUACCGCACCUUCAAUCCUGGAGACUACGUCUACAACUUCGAGCUCCCUCUCGACAGCAGACUGCCCGAGACAAUCGAUGUGGAUCUAGGCUCGGUCAAAUACGAGCUUGAAGCAGUUGUAGAACGCGCUGGAGCUUUCAGAGCCAACCUCGUUGGAGUUCGUGAAGUGCAAUUGAUCAGAGCUCCAGCCGAGGGCUCCCUGGAAACAGUUGAACCGAUCGCCAUCAGCAGAAACUGGGAAGAUCAGCUUCACUACGACAUUGUGAUCUCUGGCAAAUCCUUCCCCCUGGGGUCACAGGUACCAAUUGCGUUCAAGCUCACUCCACUAGCAAAGGUGCAAUGUCACCGUAUUAAAGUGCUUGUAACCGAGAACAUCGAGUAUUUCUGCAGUAACAAGCGCGUCCAUCGCAUGGAGCCUACAAGGAAGGUGCAGCUAUUCGAGAAGCGAGCAGACACACCACCGACAAGCACUUUUCCUGGUAGCUCAAUGCGUGUCACCUCAGGAGGUGGUGUACCGUUUGACCAACGUGCGCGUGCCGCAGCUGGUGAGACUGUGCAGACUUCGGAUCCGACAAAUCUGCUCGGCAACCUAGAGGGUGAAAAUAUUGGACCUACCGAAAUGGAGUUCAACGUGCAGCUGCCUAGCUGCUCCUCAAACCGUGAGAGGGAAAGGGCGACCAGGUUGCACUUCGACACUACAUACCAAAACAUCCAGGUGCAUCAUUGGAUCAAGGCAAACACAUCAUUACCCGCCUACACCAGCCCCGAGUCUGCUUCGAACGGAAGCUCGCUAUACGAAUGUGGCUGUCCCAAUGCACCACGCCGUCGCAACUCCCCGACUUCAUACGUGCCCACACUCAACGCCCUAAACGGAAUGAGAGAAAGUACUGUACCUCCCACAAUCACCGCGCCCAGUCUGGCUCGCCCACAAGCCGCACAUCUAACAGGCAACGCUCCUGCGAAUCAAAUGGAUCGACCCAUCCACUUGUUGCGCGCUCCCUCAUUCAACCCACCGGCCUUCGAAGACGAAGAGCCUCCGCCGCCACUCAUCACCCCUCCUCCCCAAUACGACAGUAUUGCAAGUCCAACUUCAGGACUGGCUGAUUACUUUGCACGCUUGUCGGACGCCUACGAUGACGACGAAGACAGCGACGACGCUUCUGGCAGCCGCGGCCGCGUCGACGUUCCUUUGACACCUGGUGCCAGAGUCAACAGAAGCAUGGACGUUUCCAGAAGUUGGAUACCCCUUGGUGCUCAACUGCAUGGUUAG